UUCAACACUACCAUCAUGGCUGGUUUUGUGAUCAGACGUUUGGUUGGCCGGUCUGACUUGAAGCAUGUGGCUAAACUGGUCAAACAAGAAGACUGGGGCGUGUCUCUCCCGAAUCUGAUGAACUUUUACGACAUAAGCCCCUCGGGCUGGUGGGUGGCAGAAAAGAGUGACGGUUCGGUCGUUGGUACGUGCAAAAUGUUCACCCUGGAAGACAACACAACCUGUCAUGGUGGAAUGUAUGUUGUCGAUAAGCAACACAGAGAUCAAGGGAUCGGAACGAAACUGAGUAAUACAGCAAUCAGAGGAGCUCAGGAUAAAAAUAUUUUAAUCACCACACUUAAGCCUGAGCUUAACCUCAAAUUAUUCAAGCCGUUACAUGACAUUACCAUUAUGUCCCUGAAGAAAACCAACCAAAAGCUUCCACCAUUACGAAGGACUGGUUUCCGCAUACUUCCGUUGGCUGACGUUCCUCUGGAACGGUUAGAGAAAUACGAUGCACGGAUACAUCCGGUAAAGAGAACUGCUGUAUUUCACAGAUUCAUCAUUGCUGACGCAUCCUUUGUCUUCGUGGCAUUGGAAUCCAUGUCUGGAGACGUAAUCGGUUAUGGAGCUCUGAAAAGAACCAGUACAGAGUGGGAGUUCUGCCCAACGUAUGCAGAUACUGACGACGUAGGAUACGAACUUAUCAGAACGAUGUUUGACAAAGUACCCGAUGGAAACACUAUUGAAGUGACUCCAUUCGCUGAGAACCAGAAGGCGAUUGACGUAUACAAGGAAAUUGGAUUUUACACCAAGUGUACUGCUAUGCUGAUGUACUCAAAGAAACCACUGAUUAUUCCCACCAAAAAGGUGUUUUCUACAGCAGGGUCAGAUUAUGUACUAAUGUAAUAUGAACAGUCUGUUGAUGAAAAUAGAAAUUUAAACUUUAAAAAGCAUACUUCAUUUAUUAAUCGGUUGAUUUAGAUUAAUCCAUUUGUCCUUUGUUUCGACAACAAUCAAGUCCAUAUUCAUUUUUUAAAUGAGCGCAGGGGAAAUUAAUCGGAUCAAUGAAAUAUAGUUCCCAUUAAGAUAGGUUCCUGUUCUCCCAAGUCCCAAAUUGUAACAGAUAAGUCAUUCCAAAUCUGAGUGAAGUCUUAUUUAUUUAAAUGAUCAAAAUAAAUAUAGGGUGUAGGAUAUCAAAUUCCAAGCCCGCAUGCCACCUAUAGAAUAGUAAAUGACUUGCAUGAGGUACUUUUCCAGGUGUCCAAAUUUAUUACUUCUUCCAAGCCAUAUCAUGGCGUGCUAAUAAUAAUGUUCACUGUCUGAACAAAUACGUUAUACACCGAUUUCGUGAUAAUCAGUUAUUGUGUCCAUAAAAUGUCGAGUUACGCUUUUGUCCGCCGUUGAUGUGAACUUAACUGAAGUACUGUCGGAAAUGCUAGAAAACUGCUUUUUGCCUUUUAAAAAAAGGAUAUAUUUUUUUACAGACUAUUGUGAUUGAAAUAACGAGAAAGUACCGCUCGCGCUACCUGUGGUUUGAGGUAUUUCCGUCACAAGGAGUCCUAUCGACAAGUUUACAGGAAACAAAUUCGAACAAAAACAGGAAGUUUACUUUUAUUCUGAGUCCAAUGAUGGCAGUCCGAAACGGACUAUAGAAGUAGGCGCACGUGACUCCUUUAUAAUGAUAAUAAUGUAGUCUUCAUAAAACAUCUAAUCCACACACAAAUAUCAUAUUGAGAAAAUUCUAGAUGUGCAUCUUCUAAAAUGACAAAAUGACGCUGCGUUUUGUUUGUUAACAUUUCUCCCAUGAUGCAUGUUACUGUUACAGUUGUUGUUACAGUGCAUAUAUUUCAUUACACUUUUUAUAUUUUUAACAAAUUAAACUUAAACUAGGAAAUUCUAAAAUUCGAAACUCGCUAGACCAGUAUUUCUCGUUUUUAUCGCCACUGGUCGACCAUAACGGCUGCUCCUUGGCAAGCUCAUUCACGCGAACAGUAAAUUACGUAAUCAUAGAUAAAGUCUGCGCGUACGUCCGCCCGGCGGUUCCCUCCCAUAAUGUAGACCUGGGGCGGUAUUCAUAAACAUUCUUAGAAUUUUCUUAAGAAUACUCUUAACUCGCUAAGAAAAUUCUUAGAUUUAAGAGUAACUUUUGGUAUUUCUAAGAAUUUUCUCAGACUUAAGACCUCUUUAGCACUCUAAGAAUGUUUAUGAAUACCGCCCCUGGGCCUAGAUUUUCGAAACGAUCUUAGCCCUAAGAUUGUCGUAAAGUUAUUGUAAGGAAAUCGUAGGCUAUCGUAGCCUAUUUUCGAAACUAUCGUAGCCCUAAGAUAUCUUAAGUUUGUCGUAAAUCUAAGAUAGCCCUAUACCUGUCGUAAGUUUAUUUUAUCUUCAUCCAAGAUGGCGGCAUACUUUUCAAUAGAUAUUUUGCCAAACAAUUAGUCCGCUUAACGUUCAAACAUUGACAUUUCAUACAUUUUCAUACAUUUUGUAAAACUGAGUGAUUCAAAUUCACACUUCGAAAACACGAAGAACGCAUCAAGGAUUUCACGUCAAAAAUGUUCUUUAUCGCGACAGCGAUACACAUAACUGUGGAGUCGAUAGCUUACAUUAUUUUUCUAUCCGAGUCCAUGCUGAAGAAGUGUGAAACAACAUACCUUUUCGAUAAUUUGGGAAG